AUGUUUAGGUAUUCAUCACGGCUGCCGUCCCGGCCACUGUUUGCCGGGCUAGGGCAAGUACGAUGGCGAAGAGCGGGUUCCAGAAAAACCAAGGAGAAAAACUCCGGCCUGCAGGUGGUCAAAACCCCGGAGGAGCUGCUACAAGAAUAUAGAAAUGUGGACAUUGACAAUUUACGCGAACAAUACGAAAAUCUUAAUAAUGUCAGGUUCUGCGAGCCUAACAGGCAAUGGAUCUCCGCUAUGUUUGGUCUGGACAGCGUUCCAGCAGAUUUUAAUUUUUUGGAUACGCCAGAAUCCCGGGUUAAAGUCCGCAAGCUUCUAAAAGAGAGGUAUGGCAGGAUUUCUACCUCGAUAUCUUUCAACCAGCUAUAUUUUACUGACAUAAACGUUGGAGACGUGGUUGAUUUAUCGCUUUCUCUGGACAGCAAUAAUCUUGCCGUUGUUGCUGAACUUCCGCAGGAUAUUAAAGACCCCCGUUACACUUUGAUUAAUAAGUAUGGAGAUUUGGAGUUUGUGAGCAAAAAACGUUUUCGUUUCAGACUGCCUUCUAUUUUCCCACCGGAGUGGUUCAACGGUUCGGUGAUGAACGAGCAAAUGAUAUUGGCAGACCUGGGGAGCUACGCCCAGCCCAUUGGUAAAGUGAAAUAUAAGCUCGAAGAAAAUCCAGAUCGCGCUCGUAUGUUUGACGAGAUAAUUUCGCAGGAUAUCAAUGAUACAGAGGAAUUGACUACAUACAUUGUUCCCUCUCUUCUUUCGGGAGUAGUGAGUGAGGAGCUAUCCAAACUGAACAAUAGGGCCUGGAGUUUACUGCCUGACGUGAAUUUAAAGCUGGAAACUCUCCACAACAUUCUGCAGAGCUCCAACGGGCCCGUUCAGCUCAAUUUCUGUGAAAUUUUCCGCGCUUGCAAUUUGGUGAAUUUAGAGAAGGUUGCAAAGGUGCUCCGUUCGAAAGACCCGCAGACAAUCCAGAAGAGCAACAAAAGAUUACACAACUUGCUGACACGGAUGCUGGCAAUUGGAAACCAGUAUGACUGGGUUAGUCUGGGCAAGAAUCCUUUUGGAAAAGUUAGCAGCACGGACAAGAUGAGUCCGGAAGCAGUUUAUGCUCUCAUGCUGGGUUUGCGCAAAAACAACCAAACAUAUGCUCACGAUACGAAAAACAUGCUGCCAAAACAUGUGACCGUUGUUCCUUUGGAGACAAUGGUGGAGCACAAUAAAGUUGUGCAGGAUUACGAGUCAAACGAGCAACUGCACGGCCAGCUCACCGAGUACAUCAUGCAAAGGCUCAAGGGAGUCUCUCCGAACACGAAGCCCGAGCACUACGAGCGGAUUAUGGAGAUGUAUCGACUGUACAUUGCCGGCUCUGUGAGCAGUCCUAGCUGUGAGUCUUUUCUGGUCAAGAUUGUGCGAAGACUUCCGAGCCACAACCAUCUUCAGAUCACCAGAGACGUCAUUUACGAGCUGCUUUUGAGAUUGAAGGAAAUUGCACCUAAUGAGAACCCGAUUAAAUGGUGGAUAAAUUUUCCUGCUCCGGGAAGUGGACUUUCUCUAAAAGCAGACCUGGAGCAGGAGUUCCAUGAGAAAAUCACCAAAGACACACUGAACAAUUUCUUCUUCGUCGACCAGGAAAUAUAUAACCAUCCGCGUCCGCAUUUUUCGGACGUCGUCUACUGUAUUGACUCGGUCGACGCCAAGGAAAUCGAUGACGGUGUCAGUGUUCACCGGAUAGACGAGAACAAGUUUGUGGUUGGCGUGUUUGUUGCAGAUCCGGCUUCCUAUGUCCAUCCAAAAAGCACAGUUGCAGACAUUGCGUACGAACGUGCUUCCACGCUUUAUUUACCAGACGUCGGGGCUGCGGCCAACGGACUAUCGAUGAUGCCCGAGGCUCUGACAAAAAAUAUCCAGCUGGGUGUGCACGGAAUCCCCCAGAGAGUGCUAAAGGUGAGCUAUGUGGUGGAUCUCGCCAACGGAACAGCAGCUCUAGCGCCAGAUGGUGUGCAAUUUGGUGUUGCUGACCAGUUCCUGGGUACGGAUUACGACUCGGUCAAUAAGAUACUCGAGGACGCAAGCGACUCAGAUAAAAUUCUGAACGAGAUGUCAGCGCCCACAAAUAUUCCAGCAUCGAAAUUAUCAGCCGACCUCAAAGCGCUGUACACUGUGGCCGACGCGCUCCGCAAGAGAGCUGUGGAAAAUGGAAGAGUCACAGUGUUUGAUAAUUUCUCUAUGGGCCGCAGGGUGGACACCAUCAAGGAGGACGCAGAGGACAUCCUCAUCAGUUUUAAGGAAAAGCGCACAAACCAGCGGCUUUUAUCCGAAGUGCUCGUUUCUGAGCUUAUGGUCAACGCCAACAGACUAAUUGGAGAAUUUUUCAGAGAGAAUAAAAUACCAGGCCUGUUCAAGAUCCAGAACAAACAGCCAACAACCCCGGAAGUGGCACGGCAAUUACGUGAACUGCAGCAGAAAAAAGGAACUGUGACUACCAACGAAUUCUUUUUGCUCGGCGAGUUCCUGAACAAAUCCCACGUUGCUCCAUUCCCUGCGAGACACGAUUCUCUUGCUGUCGAGGCUUAUGCCACCGUUACAUCGCCGCUGCGGAGAUUCGCCGAUCUCGUUAACCACUGGCAGCUGCACUGCUAUCUCUCCGAAGGCACGCCCGCCUUCAGGCAGGAACAUGUCAACGCAAUGGCCUACCAUCUCGAGAUGCGCGCCGACAUCGAUAAACGAGUUUCCUCAAAGAUCAUGACAUUCUACAUGUUCAAACACCUCAAGUAUCUGCAAAAAUCAUCGAAGGAGCCGAUCCGUGUUGAAUGUGUUGUUUGCAGGCCCGCUUCUGACGACGGUAUUUUGGACGUUGUUCUGUCUGACUACGGCGUGUACGGUGUUCUGGAAACCAGCCAAUCUGACAGGACUAGAGAGCUCUUGAGCGACAUUGAAGUGGGUGACGUGAUAAAGGACGCUGUGAUCGUGGACAUGGACCUUCUAGAGGGUUUGCUUGUACUUAGAAGUGACAGCCACUGA